CCUAUUUUUAAAUAGGAUCCAGAAGAUUAUUAGAUGUUAUGGAUGUUAACACUCAAAAAAAUUUUGAAAUGACAAUGAAAGAAUGGACAAAAUAUUAUGAAGAUCCAGAAAAAGAUAAAUUAUUAAAUGUCAUUUCUCUAGAAUUUAGUCAUACAAAACUAGAAAAUUACAUUAAACGUCCAAAUAUUGUUCGAGAGUUAGAUUGGGUGGAUUGUGUAUGGCCUAAACAUUUAAAAGAAAGUCAAACAGAAUCAACAAAUGUAUUAGAUGAGAUGAUGUAUCCUAAAGUACAAAAAUAUUGCUUAAUGUCUGUUAAAGGUUGUUAUACUGAUUUUCAUAUUGAUUUUGGUGGUACAUCUGUAUGGUAUCAUAUUUUACGUGGUGCAAAGGUUUUUUGGCUUAUACCACCUACAGAACAAAAUAUGAAAUUAUAUGAGCAGUGGAUAUUAUCUGGAAAACAGGGAGAUAUAUUUUUUGGCGACACUGUUGAACAAUGUGGUCGUGUAUCAUUAAGUGCAGGUGAUACAUUCUUUAUACCUACUGGUUGGAUACAUGCUGUUUAUACACCAAAAGACUCACUAGUGUUUGGUGGUAACUUUUUACAUUCAUUUGGGAUAGAAAAACAAUUAAGAGUAGCUGAAGUAGAGGAAUCCACUAAGGUUCCACAAAAAUUUAGGUACCCGUUUUUUACUGAAAUGUUAUGGUAUGUUUUGGAACGUUAUGUUUAUUGUGAUUUAGGAAAGUCCCACUUGACUGAAGGUGCUGAAACUACUCCGCCUCCAGUUGAACAUGUUCAUUUUACUAAACUAAAAGUUUAUGGAUCCGCACAAUUUUUUUAUGAGAAAUAAUAUUUUUUAAUAAAC